GCAAUCUAUCCGGAGCGGCGGGUGGCCUGCGCGGCGUGUUCGGAGGCGGUGGCGGCGGUUCAAGGCGCCUGGCCGCCUGCGGGUAGCGGAUCGGUGGGUGAGGCGGCAGUGGCAGCAGCGGGUCUCCAGAUCGCGGCGUCGGGCUCCCGGAGCUGUAAGCGGCAGGAGAAGAAUGGCGGAGUCUUCAGACAAGCUCUAUCGGGUCGAGUACGCCAAGAGCGGGCGCGCGUCUUGCAAGAAAUGCAAGGAGAGCAUCCCCAAGGACUCGAUCCGGAUGGCCUUCAUGGUGCAGUCGCCCAUGUUCGAUGGGAAAAUCCCACACUGGCACCACCUCUCCUGCUUCUGGAAGGUCGGCCACUCCAUCUGGCACCCUGAUGUUGAAGUGGAGGGGUUCUCCGAGCUCCGCUGGGAUGACCAGCAGAAGAUCAAGAAGAUGGCCGAGACUGGAGGAGCAACAGAUGUUUCAGGCAAAGGCCAGGAUGGAGUUGGCAGCAAGACGGAGAAGACACUGAUUGACUUUGGGGCAGGGUACGCCAAGUCCAACAGGAGCACGUGCAAGAGCUGCAUGGAGAAGAUAGAAAAGGGCCAGGUGCGCCUGUCCAAAAAGGUGGUAUACCCUGAUAAGCCCCAGCUGGGCAUGGUUGACUGCUGGUACCACCCAAACUGCUUUGUUCAGAAACGGGAGGAGCUGGGCUUCCGUCCCGAGUUCAGCGCAAGCCAGCUCAUGGGCUUCAGCGUCCUCACCGCAGAGGACCAAGAAACCCUCAAGAAGCAGCUCCCGGCCAUCAAGGGUGAAAGAAAGAGAAAAGGCGAUGAGGUGGAUGGAAUAGAUGAAGUGGCCAAGAAGAAAUCUAAAAAAGAAAAAGACAAGGAGAUUAAACUUGAAAAGGCCCUCAAGGCCCAGAAUGACCUGAUCUGGAACGUCAAGGACGAGCUAAAGAAAGCGUGCUCGACGAACGACCUGAAAGAGCUGCUCAUCUUCAACAAGCAGGAAGUGCCCUCCGGGGAGUCGGCGAUCUUGGACCGUGUGGCCGACGGUAUGGUGUUUGGCGCCCUCCUUCCCUGCGAGGAAUGCUCGGGCCAGCUGGUCUUCAAGGGCGACGCCUAUUACUGUACCGGGGAUGUGACUGCCUGGACCAAGUGUAUGGUUAAGACACAGACGCCCAACCGGAAGGAGUGGGUGACCCCAAAGGAAUUCCGAGAAAUCUCUUAUCUCAAGAAACUGAAGAUCAAAAAGCAGGACCGUAUAUUCCCCCCAGAGAGCAGCGCCCCGGUGGGGGCAGCACCCCCACCCUCCGCAGCUUCAGCACCUGCCGCUGUGCCCUCUGGCCCCCCAGACAAGCCAUUAUCCAACAUGAAGAUCCUGACUCUUGGGAAACUCUCCCAGAACAAGGAUGAAGUGAAGGCCACGAUCGAGAAACUCGGGGGGAAAUUGACAGGGACGGCCAACAAGGCCUCCCUGUGUAUCAGCACCAAAAAGGAGGUGGACAAGAUGAAUAAAAAGAUGGAGGAAGUAAAAGAAGCCAACGUCCGCGUCGUGUCUGAGGACUUCCUCCAGGACAUCUCUGCCUCCACCAAGAGCCUUCAGGAGUUGCUCUCCACCCACCUCUUGUCCCCCUGGGGAGCCGAGGUGAAGGUGGAGCCUGUUGAAGCAGUGGCCCCAAGGGGGAAGUCGGGGACCGCGCCCUCCAAGAAAAGCAAGGGACCUGUCAAGGAGGAAGGUACCAACAAAUCUGAAAAGAGGAUGAAAUUAACUCUUAAAGGAGGAGCAGCCGUCGACCCUGAUUCAGGUCUGGAACACAACGCGCACGUCCUCGAGAAAGGUGGGAAGGUCUUCAGUGCCACCCUUGGGCUCGUGGACAUCGUCAAAGGGACCAACUCCUAUUACAAGCUGCAGCUCCUGGAGGAUGACAAAGAGAGCAGGUACUGGAUAUUCAGGUCCUGGGGCCGUGUGGGCACGGUGAUUGGUAGUAACAAACUGGAGCAGAUGCCAUCCAAGGAGGAUGCCAUUGAGCAUUUUAUGAAAUUAUAUGAAGAGAAAACCGGAAAUGCCUGGCACUCUAAAAACUUUACGAAGCAUCCCAAAAAGUUCUACCCUCUGGAGAUUGACUAUGGCCAGGAUGAAGAGGCAGUGAAGAAGUUGACGGUAAACCCUGGCACCAAGUCCAAGCUCCCCAAGCCAGUGCAGAACCUCAUUAAGAUGAUCUUUGAUGUAGAAAGUAUGAAGAAAGCCAUGGUGGAGUAUGAGAUUGACCUUCAGAAGAUGCCCUUGGGGAAGCUGAGCAAAAGGCAAAUCCAGGCUGCAUACUCCAUCCUCAGUGAGGUCCAGCAGGCAUUGUCCCAGGGCAGCAGUGACUCUCACAUCCUGGAUCUCUCCAACCGCUUCUACACCCUGAUCCCCCACGACUUCGGGAUGAAGAAGCCCCCGCUCCUGAACAACGCAAACAGCGUGCAGGCCAAGGUGGAAAUGCUAGACAACCUGCUGGACAUUGAGGUGGCCUACAGUCUACUCAGAGGUGGUUCUGAUGACAGCAGCAAGGACCCCAUUGAUGUCAACUAUGAGAAGCUAAAAACUGACAUUAAGGUUGUGGACAAAGAUUCCGAAGAAGCCGAGAUCAUUAGGAAGUAUGUGAAGAACACUCAUGCGACCACACACAACGCAUACGACUUAGAAGUCAUCGACAUCUUCAAAAUAGAGCGUGAAGGGGAGGGCCAGCGUUACAAGCCGUUUAAGCAGCUGCAUAACCGGAGGCUGCUGUGGCACGGGUCCAGGACCACCAACUUCGCGGGCAUCCUGUCCCAGGGUCUCCGGAUAGCCCCACCUGAAGCGCCUGUGACGGGCUACAUGUUUGGUAAGGGGAUCUAUUUCGCCGACAUGGUCUCCAAGAGUGCCAACUACUGCCACACGUCCCAGGGAGACCCAAUAGGCUUGAUCCUGUUGGGAGAAGUUGCCCUUGGAAACAUGUAUGAACUGAAACACGCUUCGCAUAUCAGCAAGUUACCCAAGGGCAAGCACAGUGUCAAAGGUUUAGGCAAAACUACCCCUGACCCAUCGGCUAGUAUUACUAUGGAUGGUGUGGAGGUGCCUCUCGGGACAGGGAUUUCAUCUGGUGUUAAUGACACCUGUCUGCUGUAUAACGAGUACAUCGUCUACGACAUUGCUCAGGUGCACCUGAAGUACCUGCUGAAGCUGAAGUUCAACUUUAAGACAUCCCUGUGGUGAGCUGUGAGGUGUGCAGGCUGGUGACUGACAGUGCUUUGCACUGACUGACCAGGCAGAAACCUCAGCUGAGUUGUUGAGGCAUAGUAGCUUCACUCAAUCUCCUUAGAAAGGAUUUUAUAUGAACACUUGGUCACACGUUUCAACGAUUUUCCCAACUUUUCAAAUCCCUUGAUUGUUGUGUUGGGCGGGGGAGUGGGCGGGGGGUUGCUUUGGGGUUUUUCUCCUGCCAGCCAUAACCCUGGUAGGUAUAACUGACAUUAGAGAAAAGUUGGGGAGGGUCUUAACUGUGUCUAGAUUAGUCCAAUGAAAGAGCCUUGCAAGCCACAUUAGAACCUCUGCCUUACUGGUUUCCCCAGGGAAGGAAAAAAAUAAUCUUCUACCCUUGUUUCUAAGUAUUCAUCUUUAGUUUUGGAAAAAUGUUAAGUGUUUAUUUUGAGGUCAAAAUAAAAACUAAUUUCAUACUAUUUAAAUUUCCUUUUUCUUUUUAAAUUUUGUAUUUGUUGUCACGCUUUCAGCCUCUUGUUUUUCUGUGAGAAGUGUUGGGAGACCACAGGGAGGAACUUUAACAGUUUCUCAUACUGAGAAACAAAAGGCACUUUCCUUUUCUAGAAACUCUCGAACGUGGAAGCUCUUGGAAUACGUAGUAGUUUUAGAUUGCAUUUGAAAUUCCGUUUUCCUCUGAGCAAUUUUGUCUUCUAAA